AAAAUGGUGGCACUUGGCUCUAAGUUGUCCCUCUCAACAAUGCAUAGAGCCCCAAGUAGAAAAGGUAAAUCCUUAUCUAGUGCUUGGAGUCUUUACUCUUUACUUAUUUAGGGUAGAGCUCUGAGACAACACCUGAAGGUCGAGAAGGGUGAGCGUGAUGGAAAGACACCAUAUUUUCAAAGAUAUCACAGAAUUAUUCGGAAGCUUUAACGUCGAAAAGGAUGAAAGGGAUUCGAUUAAGUUGAUACUGUUUGAUACUUACAAGAAAGCCUCCAAGCAAGACAGGAGACUGGUAGAUGUUCUCAUUAAUUUGCUGAAUAUGCUUCCUACUGAAAGUCUGUUGGAACAUAAGGUGGAGGAGACUGAGUUGAUAAAUGGGUAUUUACAACCUAUUAUAUCCCCUCUUUUUCAUAAGCCCGAAAAAUCGCAGCUUUUUUUAUGGUUAAAUACAAAGACUGAUCUGAAAAGUUAUGAUAAGAGACCGGAUGGUGGUUGUGUAAUCAUUAAAAAAAGACGAAUCAGCCACUACACAGGUUUUGCGGAGGUCAAGGCUGAAUACCAGAAGAAUAAUGCUAAGCAAACACACAAUGAUUUGUUAAGACUGGCCCUGUUUGCAAUUAGUGGGUAUGAAGAAUGUAAUGCUGAAUGCAUCUUAGUAUUACAAGCCAUAGGAUUAAAUAUAACAGCGUACGGUUUCACUCAACAUGCGAGCGGCGCCAGGGUCAUGUUUGAGCUGAUGAAAGUCCAAUGCCCCGCUUCACUUCAUGAACUGUCCGCGUUCUGUAUUCAAUUGAAUAAGCUGAGAAUCCUCCAGCAAUUUUACGAUGAUUACUGUUCAGUCCAGAAUUUCUCUCGAGACUAUAACUUCCAUGGACCCUUUUUUGCCGGUGACUAUAGAAUACCUGAAAUAAACUUUCUGGAAAUAUCCUGCACAUGUUGAUCUGAAUUUAGAUAGAAUCUUGAAUACUCACCAACA